CAGAGAGCCGGCUCCAGCCUGCGAGGACGAGCGCCGCGACCCUUGCCGGGCGGCCGCGGAGGACAGCGGCUGCUUGACCCCCCGCGUCUGAGGCGACAUGCCCGCCGUGCAGAAAACCGUCUCGGAGCUGCGGUCCAGGGCGGAGGGUUAUGAGAAGACAGAUGAUGUUUCAGAGAAGACCUCAUUAGCUGAUCAAGAGGAAGUGAGAACUAUAUUUAUCAAUCAACCACAAUUCUCUAAAUUCUGUAGCAAUCAUGUCAGCACUGCAAAAUACAACGUUAUCACAUUCCUACCAAGGUUCCUCUAUUCCCAGUUCAGGAGAGCUGCUAAUGCCUUUUUUCUUUUCAUUGCAUUGCUUCAGCAAAUUCCAGAUGUUUCUCCAACAGGACGAUAUACAACUUUGGUUCCUCUCUUAUUUAUUUUAGUUGUAGCAGCAGUUAAAGAAAUAAUAGAAGAUAUUAAAAGACAUAAAGCUGAUAAUGCUGUGAAUAAAAAGGAAAUACAAGUGUUGAGAAACGGAGCUUGGGAAAUUGUACAUUGGGAAAAGGUUGCAGUAGGGGAAAUAGUGAAGGUGACCAAUGGGGAGCAUCUCCCAGCUGAUCUCAUCUGUCUGUCAACAAGUGAACCGCAAGCUAUGUGCUACAUUGAAACAUCAAAUUUAGACGGUGAAACUAAUUUAAAAAUACGACAGGGCUUGCCACUGACAUCUGAUAUAAAGGACAUUGACAGCUUGGUGAGACUUUCCGGCAGAAUUGAAUGUGAAAGUCCUAAUAGACAUCUCUAUGACUUUGUUGGAAAUAUUAGACUAGAAAGCCAUGGGACCGUUCCACUGGGUCCUGACCAAAUUCUCCUGCGUGGUGCUCAGCUAAGAAAUACACAAUGGGUUCAUGGGAUAGUUGUUUAUACAGGACAUGAUACAAAACUCAUGCAGAACUCAACAAGCCCACCUCUUAAACUAUCUAACGUGGAAAGGAUUACAAAUAUACAAAUUCUGUUUUUGUUCUGCAUUCUUAUUGCCAUGUCUCUGAUUUGUUCCAUUGGUUCAGCUAUAUGGAAUCAAAAGCAUGAAGGGAGAGACUGGUACAUCAAUCUAACCUAUGGUGGAGCUAAUAAUUUUGGACUAAAUUUCCUGACAUUUAUCAUUCUCUUCAAUAAUCUAAUUCCAAUCAGCCUGUUAGUUACACUAGAAGUUGUUAAAUUUAUUCAAGCAUAUUUUAUAAAUUGGGAUAUUGACAUGCACUAUGAACUUACAGACACUGCUGCCAUGGCACGUACAUCCAAUCUUAAUGAAGAACUCGGCCAGGUCAAAUACAUAUUUUCGGACAAAACAGGUACCUUGACAUGCAAUGUAAUGCAAUUUAAGAAGUGUACUAUAGCAGGAAUAUCUUAUGGCCAUUCUCCUGAAUCAGAUGAUUUUGGCUGUUCUGCAGAUGAUUGGCAGAGUUCACAAGCAAGGGAAGAAAAAACAUUUAGUGACUCAUCAUUACUGGAAAACCUCCAAAACAAACAUCCAACUGCACCUAUAAUUUGUGAGUUUUUGACAAUGAUGGCAGUUUGUCAUACAGCUGUUCCAGAAAGAGAGAAUGAUAGUAUUAUUUAUCAAGCAGCAUCUCCAGAUGAAGGAGCAUUGGUUAGAGCAGCUAAGCAACUUCAUUUUGCCUUUACUGGAAGAACACCAGACUCGGUCAUUAUAGAAUCUCUGGGUCAAGAAGAAAGAUACGAAUUGCUAAAUGUGUUAGAAUUUACAAGUUCUAGGAAAAGAAUGUCUGUGAUUGUGCGCACGCCAUCAGGAAAAUUAAGACUAUACUGCAAAGGAGCUGAUACAGUAAUUUAUGAUCGUCUGGCUGAAAAUUCAAGAUACAAAGAAAUUACUUUGAAACAUUUAGAGCUAUUUGCUACUGAAGGUUUGAGAACACUCUGUUUUGCUGUUGCUGAGAUUACAGAAAGUGAUUAUCAGGAGUGGCUGAAUGUGUAUCAAAGAGCUGCAACUUCUAUUCAGAACAGAGCACUAAAGCUUGAAGAGAGUUACGAACUAAUUGAAAAAAAUCUCCAGUUACUUGGAGCUACAGCCAUAGAAGAUAAGCUACAAGAUCAAGUGCCUGAAACAAUAGAAACACUAAUGAAAGCAGAUAUCAGAAUUUGGAUUCUUACUGGAGACAAGCAAGAGACAGCUAUUAACAUUGGACAUUCAUGUAAACUCUUGAGAAAGAACAUGGGGCUAAUUGUCAUAAAUGAAGGCUCUCUUGAUGCAACAAGAGAGACAUUAAGCCAUCACUGCAGCACUCUUGGUGAUGCUUUGAGGAAAGAGAAUGAUUUUGCACUAAUUAUUGAUGGUAAAACAUUGAAGUACGCUUUGACAUUUGGUGUAAGGCAAUAUUUCUUGGAUUUGGCUCUGUCAUGUAAAGCUGUCAUUUGUUGCAGAGUUUCACCUCUUCAGAAAUCUGAUGUUGUAGAAAUGGUUAAAAAGCAGGUAAAGGUAGUAACACUGGCAAUUGGCGAUGGAGCAAAUGAUGUCAGCAUGAUACAAACUGCUCAUGUAGGUGUUGGCAUUAGUGGAAAUGAAGGGCUCCAAGCAGCUAAUUCUUCAGAUUAUUCAAUAGCUCAGUUCAAGUACUUGAAGAACUUACUUUUGGUCCAUGGUGCCUGGAAUUAUAGUAGAAUUGCUAAAUGCAUUUUAUACUGCUUCUACAAGAAUAUUGUCCUUUAUAUUAUUGAGAUAUGGUUUGCAUUUGUUAAUGGAUUUUCUGGACAGAUUCUUUUUGAAAGAUGGUGCAUAGGACUUUAUAAUGUGAUCUUUACCGCUAUGCCUCCACUGACACUUGGAAUAUUUGAAAGAUCCUGCCACAAAGAAAAUAUGCUAAAAUACCCUGAAUUAUACAAGACCUCCCAAAAUGCUCUGGAUUUCAAUUCAAAGGUUUUCUGGGUUCAUUGUUUAAAUGGCCUCUUUCAUUCAGUAAUUCUGUUUUGGUUUCCACUGAAAGCCAUCCAGUAUGAUACUGUGUUUGCCAGCGGUAAAACUUCAGACUACUUGCUUUUGGGAAAUGCCGUAUAUACAUUUGUGGUAAUAACUGUGUGUUUAAAAGCUGGAUUAGAGACUUCAUACUGGACUUUGUUUAGUCAUAUAGCUAUAUGGGGCAGCAUUGCACUCUGGGUAGUAUUUUUUGGCAUCUACUCUUCUUUAUGGCCAGUCAUUCCUAUGGCACCAGACAUGUCUGGGGAGGCAGUGAUGUUAUUCAGCUCCGGAGUCUUCUGGAUGGGCUUAUUAAGUAUUCCAAUGACAGCACUAAUAUUUGAUGUAGUGUAUAAAGUAGUGAAGAGAGCAGCAUUUAAGACCUUAGUAGAUGAAGUUCAGGAGUUGGAAGCAAAAUCUCAAGAUCCAGGAGCUGUUGUUCAUGGGAAAAGCUUAACUGAAAGAGCUCAGCUAUUGAAAAAUGUCUUUAAGAAAAACCAUCUCAACUUGUACCACUCUGAAUCUUUGCAACAAAACUUGCUUCAUGGAUACGCUUUCUCACAAGAUGAAAAUGGAAUCGUUUCACAGUCUGAAGUCAUAAGAGCAUAUGAUACAACAAAACAGAGACCUGAGGAAUGGUGAAGGACAACGUCACAGAGUUCCAGUAUUUGCCAUACUAAGGCACGUUAAUACGUAUUUCCUGCAUCUGCAAACAUGGUCCAGUAACAAGAUUAGAGGGAGUUGUUUGUUGUUACUCUUGUUUCUUGAAGUUCACAUAUUGAGUAGACAUAAUCACUGUGCAACUAUACUCUAAUACACCAUCUCUAAAAAUUUUCAAAAGUUACUUGGAUUUUGUAAACAGAUACUGAUAAUUACCUGCAGCCUUUUCAAACAGCUUAUUUACAGUGAAGAUGAGUACUGUUUCUGUGCAUAGAGAGAUAGAUAAAGAUACAUCUUGAAUAUAACGAACAACCAGAUUGCUCAACAUACUGUACAUUGAGAAGCAUAGCCUUUGCAAAGGUGUAUACAUGGUAAAAUUACGAAAUAAUGAGCCUUUGAUUUCCACAAGUGCUAAAGAACCAUUUUAAUUACCUUAAUUCAUGUAACGAAGAAAGAUUUCAAAGCAAGGUAUUAACAAGGAAUGGUGUCGGAUGAGCUUGUUUGCCAAAGAAGUUCCAUAUUCUUCAUUUUAGUCAUCAUUUGUAGAGAUAAAGGAUAGUGAUAGCAAUGGUGUCUGAUGUCAGAAUUGCAUGUUUGAUACUCUGUACUUGAAAAGUUUUACAAUAAUAUGAAAACUGAUAUAAUUUGAUUUUUAUUGCAUUUAUUUCAAUCUGUGGUUAUUUUCACCUUUGGCCUUACAGAAGCUUUUCUUUUCUCUUUCAUGUUCCUUUAACAGAAUGUGUACAUUUAACACAACAUUCAUUUUCUCUGUCAGGAGUAUGUGUCUUUGAGACUUGUUACCUGCUUAAGAAUCCUGAUUUGGUGACAUUUGUGUGCAAGAUUGAGCUGCAUUUAAGAUGUUCCUUUGCCACUCUCCCUGUACAUAUAAUCAGAACUUUCAUUUUAAAAAGCAAUGGUUACUUGUUGGGGUUGGCAGAGAGAAAAAGAUGGUGCCUUAACUAAGUUUCCUGUUUCCCAAACAGGCAUGAACACUGUCAGAAAAGAAAGAGCCAACUAUAUUAUUGACUGUUCAGAUGUAGUUCAAGACCAUGGUGCACUGCAUCCAUCCCAUAUGGAUACAUAUGUAUAGGCCCCAUAAAGAGAACCCAAACCAGAAUUUUGUCAUAUUUACAGAAGCCAGAGACAGAUUGUCCUUAGUGGAUUGGGGUGGAGGUGUGCUUGAAAAUACAGAUUUUAUUUACAGAACAUUUUAUGUAUAAAUUAGUUGACUAUAAAGUAAUUUACUUUGUUAAUUGGUAUUAUUUUAAAAAAAGGAAUAGAUAUUAUCAGCUUAGUACUAUACUAUACAUUUAGUUUGCACUAUGAAACAGUUUAUUUUUGGUAUUCAAUAUAUUCUGUACAUUCCCAAAAUUGAUUUAAAUUAGAGCAUGCUAAAGUUUGAGGAUUUAAAAUAAGAUUUGUGUGUUUUAAAUAAAAAACAUUUUCUAACCAGUAAUGUAAAACUACCCUUCUCAUUAACUUAAAUGUUUUGAUUAAAUGUUUUUAAAUAUGUCAUUUUGUAAAAUCAGAAUGAAAAAGACUAAUAUUAAAUUGCAAAGUCAUUUUUCCACUAUGCGUAUUAAAAGCCAUUUCAAUUUGUCUAUAAUAUAUUUUAUAUAGACAGUUCCAUGUCUGAUUUCUGUGACAUGUGCAAUUUGUUUACCUAUCUAUAGACAAGGAUAAAAAUUAUGGGAAAUUCAAUAUUUGUUGGUUGUGUUUCUACACUAAAUCCAUUUUUAAAAAGUAAUGUGUAAUAGAAACACUAUUUAUUAAAUAUUGCAUAUACCCAUUAAAUAUUUCAUAUAUUUAUGAGUUAAGUAUACAGUCUUUCAUACUUAUUUCAAAACUGUGCUCAUAGUAUAAAGUUCUUUUUCUCUGGCUAAGCAGAAAAUAAGGAGUCAAUAAAGUCUCUCGCUAAAAAGAACUCUACUUCUAAUCUUGCAGCCUGAAAUUGCCUUAGGGAAGCUAUUUCUGGCAUAGAUAAUUAAUAAACCAAUGAGAGCCAAAUAAAUUGACCUACUAUGCACACAUACACCCACACAUGCACACUGUCACAAAUGCACAAUUAAGGGCAUCUUCAAAAACCUGGAUUAUUGCUUUAUAUUAUCUGUGGCUUAUCCAUCACAAAAGAUUUCUGAAGCAAAUUAUUAAAAACACUAGCAUACUUACAGUACAGUUUUAAGCAGUAUAUAUUUCUUUUAGAAUCAAAAAAUAAAAUCAGAUGAUAAUUAAGCAGAAACUGAAUAACAUAUCCCACUGGUUGCUUAUGACCCUAUGCAAGCUUUUAUGGACUCUGACAGAGGGAAUCUUUAGUUCCGCCAGCAAGCACAUACAUGAUACGCAUAAUACUACAUAUAGGUGGAAGCAGGUGUCAACCCCUGCUCCAUUUCUAAUGGCAUGAAAGAACUGUUUUGCAUGCAAUUUACCUAAAAUAGUGAUCUGCAUGCAGAGACUUGUUUCUAUAGGCAGGGGAUCCUGUUUUCUCAUACAGAUUGUCCUUGGUGAAUCAAGAUGAAGGCAUAAAUCUUGCAUUAACUAGAAUUCAGAAAUGAACGUUCCACAAUUGCCUAGCCUUACAAAAAUGGUAGAGAAUAUUCAUUGCCAGUUAUUAUAUAUUACAUUUUUAUUUUAAAUGUGCCACUUUAUUCAAGGAUCCAGACCUUGGUUUUUCAUUUUCUCCCAUUUCUUACCAUCUAGGAAAGAAGAAAAAACUUCUUCACACAUUUGAUGUAAUAUUUGUUUAACAGCAAUCUGUGUUCUGAGAAUGCGCUUUAUAAAGUGAAUGGGAGGAUUAUGUAUUUGUACUGUACUGUCUUUAAUGGUAUAGAAAUGUUUUCAUUUAAAGACAAAUUUUCAGCUUUCUAAAGAAUAUAAACCCAAGUAAACUAGAACUGUUGAACAAAAGUCAGGAUGUACAAAGCAUAUGUAAUUUGCAAACCUAUACCCUUCAUUUAAAAAAAGGCUUUAAAAGUGAUUUAUUACACUAUAAUAUAGAAAUAUAUAUUAUAAUAUAAUAUAUAUUUAGGGAUGUUGGUUGAUAUGCAUAUGUUAUUCAAAACUUUUUUUAGAUUAAACUAUUUUGUUCUGAAGUGGUAAAAAUUACAUUUUUCUUAGUACCUGCAUUAAGGAAAUUGUAUAUUAUGUGCAUAUUACGUGUUGUGCAAUAUUUAUGUUAAGGUUAAAAAUAAUCAUCGUUGAAAGAAUCUGGUACCAUUCAGAAAUCAAAAGAAUGUCUAUACCUGUGUAUUAUUUUUAAUUAAAUAAUUGUAAGAAUGUGGCACUAUUUAAACAGAAAAUCAACCAAUUGGAUACACUUUGUGAAGCCAUAAGUAGUCAUGUUUUCUUAGGUUAGACUUAUUUACAAAAAGAAAUUUUAAUAAAAUUAAAUACUAGUAGUUCAAAAACCUUUUUAGUUGUAUAACAAUAGAGGAAAUGUUUUUAAAAAUAUAAUACAAUAUCUCAUGGGAAGACAUCCUUUUUUUUUAUCAAUUAAUGUUAAAUUAAUUACUUGCUUGACAAUUGGACUAUGUGACCUUUUUUCCCCUACUGAUUUAUGUAUUGUAGAAAAGCAGUUGUUUUGGUUAAGUUUUAGUAAUCUGUCUGCAUGUCACAGUGUGAAUCUGAACUGAUGCAUGAUUGUGCUGUAAAGCUCAUUAUUUCUUUGUUAGCUGAAACAGGCAUCAACAUUUAUAUGUUUGGUAAGCAAAAGUGAAGUGUUGGGUAAACAACUGGAUUGCCAACUUCAUUUUGUUAGUAUGGAACGUCAACUCAAAAGCAACUACACAGUGAAAGCAUUCUAAAAUAUGUGCAAGGCCCAAGAAACUGAUUGAAUUAGUCAAUAAAUUAUGGUGAAAAUAAACAGUGAUGUAUCUACUUGCUUUAUAAGUUGUUUCAACACAUACUUUUGCAUCCAUUUAAUAUUUUGUAAUUGCAAAACUGUGACCCAGAUGUGUAAAAGCUAAAUCAUGUUUCCGUGUUGUUGUUUUUCUUGUUCUACGAUUUAAGCCAUAAUGCACUGACUUGGUUUUCUGCUGCAAUUUUCAUGAAAUGUUCAUAAAAAAUAGGCACUAUAUAAUAUUUAGGACUGCAUUCAAGGUAAGGUAGGAUUUUCCAGCUCCCCUAAAUCAUUACUGCUGAAACUACUGUGGAAAUUGUGAAGCUGCAUGAAUGGAGAGAUUUUUGACUCAGUGUUUAUGGUAGUUUUCUCAGGUUUAGUUUUAAAUGGAUGUUAAAUGCACUGUUUUAUAAUGUUAUUAAAUUUUAAUAAUAUAUUCACUUCUAUGCAGUGUUACAUGUCAUUGGCAUUUGGUGAAUGUGCAUGUUCUGAACUGCAAAUUUUAAUUGUUUUGUCUUCUAAUUGUUAAAAAAUAAACCUUACCAUUACGUAUA